AUGGCGAACACGAAGCAUGCCGGGCAACAGAAGAACCGAGGAUUCACAUCCGGCAUGGAUUUCGACUCCGUGGCCCUGAUUCCCGCCUCCUCUUUGACAAUGUCAUUCCUUCGGCGGCCCACGAGAAUGGACCACCCGGUCGCCCUGUGCCUUGACCAAGGUGACCUCGUCUUCCUCGGGGACGACCUGUUUCCCGGUACUAAGAUCCGAGUCACGAUCAGAUCCGACUCCCCUUCUCAAAACGAUGCGUUUUUUGCCAUUGCACUUUCUGUUCCUAUGGAUCGGCCAAAAGGAACGGGCUACAGUUACUUGUCGAACAACGACAAGGCAGACCGUCAAGAAAUCCUCAUCAAGAUGCCGCUGGGGAAGUUCGAUGCCAAGAUCAAACCCAUGAGGGUGGAGUCUGCUGAAGAACUCUUGCCUCAAAUGGCCAUGCAAACCCCAGUCCCUCUCGGUGUCAUCACUAUCACCCUCCACAAGGAUGCUCCUCUUCCUCGCGUUGACGGAUUUCGAAAGCCAUUUGCCAGCACUGAUGCCCAAGUCCAUUCUUGGAUGACUGAGGACACACCGAUCCUGGGAGUUUGUUCUCUCUCCCAGCUCCUUCGUGGUCGACGUUUCGUCUUGAUCUGCAAAGAGGCGGUGGGUAUCCGCGACUUGCUACCCGCGGCUACCAAUCCUAUUCAAUGGGCUGGAUACCCGUUCAGCCCUCAGAAUCACUGGGACAUGGAGAGAUACAGAAAAGAGAUUCCCAUCAACCUCGGCAUGCAAUACCGACCUGUCUAUACCUGGGACUCCAUCACCAACAUGAUCAAAACCCUUUCCAUGCCCUACGCUGCUGAUGCGUUUUGGUUGAUCUCGGACGCCGAGGCACUGGGAAAGAUGCGGUUCAGAGCAGCUUUCGUGCCUCUCAACCAGAAAGAUGCCGGGCGCAACAAUAGCGAAUUCUACUGCUAUGUGGCGAUUCCUGAGAGAUUGAAAUACGAAUUCAACGAAACCUGGCCUCGAAUGUUCCACACUACCCAGACGAUUGGGGUUCACAUCAUGAGGCCGAAUUCUGAAUUCGUUUGGAACGCCGUCAUCGACCAAGAUGCACCUCCAUGGUUCGUCCGAAAUGACAUUUAUGUUCUGCGAGAAUCUGUCAAGCUCUCGUUCCACAACUCGUUGAUCAAACCGGACAAACGCGAGAAGCUGAGGGUCUCCAACCUGGAGAAGAACGAAAGAAAGCGCGUGGAGGCUCUCAACGCACUCGACUUUAAACCAGAUCCCACCCUGGCUGAAGAGAAUGGAACCCAGGAAGACGAGCAUGCCAGAGUCAAAGUUUGGACUUUUAAUGUUCUCAGGGCUCUUGACCGAGACUUCAAGCGAGGAAGAGGCUUUUGGUUCGCGCUCAACAGCAUCCCAGCUCCUCCCCCCAUGGACAUGCUUCCGUCUUGGGCACAGUCUUUGGUCCCUGAUGGCAAGGAUUCCUUUGGCCUUCUCCCCAUCCGCAACAUCUUCUCCGUCCCGGAUGAUAUUCGAGGAACGAUUCUUUCGCGGCUCAACCCCGAAGUGCGAGACGAGAUUGUAGGGUACUUGGAAUCUGCCACCAUGGCUCAGUUGGCAUUCGUCGGUUUCGCAGGUGCAGGCAAGACGGAGUUGCUCGGCACCUCAGGCUGCAUCCUGCUAGAAAACCCCGACAUAAAAUCCAUCUACAUCUCAGCACCAACCAAUGUUGCCACCAGCAAUAUUUGUGACCGCAUCGCCAAGAUCCAUGGUGAAAUAGUGGAGGACUUCAACAAGCUCCACACUCGCAAAAUACGGCAAAGACUCAUCCUUCGCGGGUACUCCGACGAGUCUGAGAUGAAGGCUUUUUGGAGCAUUCUGCAGCGACGCAACACCACCAACUUCGACAGGGGCAUCAACAAUCCAUGGCAAGGUGGUGCGUGGGACCUACCACACUCUCUUGCCUUCCACGCCCUUCAACUGUUUGGGUACGUCGAUGCGAACGUGCCGGCUCCUUCUACCACCUGCAGCGAGGCUUUCACUACCCUCCAGAGCAAGUACAAAGACAAGGUGGAAUAUGCUGGUCUUUUCGACUACGCGAGAGGCACAACGCAAACCAACGCCGCCGAAUUUGACAAGAAGCUUCUGGUGCACGUCAUUCGAGACAUCCUUUCCGCUGCGGACCUUGUCUGUACUACACCAAUAAUGGCGGCAGACGACUUCUACAGACCCAAAAAUCUUGCUUGCGACGCGGUAAUUCUCGACGAGGCUGGAGCAAUGUGCAUGGGCGAUGCUGAACUUGUCAGAGGAAACACGAUGAAGCCUUGCAUUCUUGGGGGAGAUUACAGACAACUCCCGCCCGUCAUCAUGUCAGCCAGGGACGUGGAGCUUGCACCACCCACGGCUUCCCAGAGCAGAUUAACAGCCGUGGAUGCAGCCAAGGAGAGGCGAUAUCGCGGCAAACAUCGCAAUCGCUUUGCGCAAUAUGGUGAAGUGUCGACUCUGGAGUAUCUCGGUCGCAGUGGAUGGCCCAUCUUUCCUCUCAGCAUUCAGUAUCGCAUGGUCAAUGGUCUUUUUGACAUGUCGCAGAGCAUCUUUUAUUCUGACCUAAACGAUCGCUUCUCCUAUGGACCAACCUCAGCGAUCGAAAACCACCCCGUCGCAGGCCAGAUCGAGCAGUGGGUCAAGGGGAAGUUCUCUGUCUCUUCUCCGAGGGAACAGAUAUAUCCUCUGUUCGUCUCUGUAUCACCAUCAUAUUGCUUCCAGGAUGGCAGUUCGCGAUACAACCCUGAGCAAAACCUGUGUGCCCUCAACCUGGUUCGUGAGUUGAUGACCGAUCUUUCGCUGGACGCCAGCAGUUUCGGCAUCAUCACCAUGUACAGCCGGAACAAACGGGCGCUAGAAGAAAUGAUGGAAGCAGAUCCCAAGCUUAAAGGAAUUGAAUGUAGCACGGUGGACUCUUUCCAAGGUCGCGAAGCCCAGAUCAUCAUUCUGGUUCUUGUUGUCACCGGCCAAACCGGGCCUGGGUUCACUUCGCAUCGCCAACGACUGAAUGUCGCCACGAGCCGACAACAAGAUUAUAUGUUCAUCGUGGGAGAUCGGGGUACAGCGCCCGCUUCUAGUGGAGAUGGUGGCCUGGAUGAAGCGAUGCGAAAAAUGUUCAAGUGGUUCCAGACAAACAACCGCAUUGUCAACACCUCGUCUGCUUUACGUGGCAGCUCUGUGAUCGGAAACCACAUGUCUUCUGGGAAAAGAGAGGAGUUGGGAAGUUGGUGGUAG